CAUUUCAGCCUUGCACUACUCUUUAAAGCAGGAAUGUCCUCAUCAUCCUCUUCGGUGUUGGAGAUGGAGAUCUUCCAGUACAUUGAUGUACAUCAAAGUGAUUUCAUCGAGGAUCUUAAGGAAUGGGUGGCUGUGGAAAGCGAUUCUGUUCAACCAGAUCUGAGGAAAGAAGUAAUACGAAUGAUGGCAUUGGCAGCAGACAGACUUGCAGCACUGGGAGCCACUGUUAAUUUAGUAAACCUGGGGUCACAUCAGUUGCCUGAUGGCCAGGACCUCCCACUGCCUCCUGUGAUUCUUGGGGAACUGGGGAAGGAUCCACAAAACCCCACUGUAUGUUUCUAUGGUCACGUAGAUGUGCAGCCUGCCAAAAAGGAAGAUGGCUGGAAAACUGACCCUUACACACUGACCGAAAUCAAUGGAAAUCUCUAUGGGCGUGGAGCAACAGAUAAUAAAGGACCUGUCUUAGCUUGGAUAAAUGCAGUGGAAACAUUUAGAGCUUUGAAAUUAGCUAUGCCAGUAAACUUCAAGUUUGUAAUUGAAGGCAUGGAAGAAGCAGGGUCCGUGGGGCUAGAAAAAUUACUUGAAGAAGAAAAACAGUGCUUUUUCUCUGAUGUUGAUUAUAUUGUGAUUUCGGACAACCUCUGGCUCAGCAACAAGAAGCCUGCCCUUACAUAUGGGAGUCGGGGAAAUGUCUGCUUCUUUGUGGAGGUUGAAUGUGGCGGCAAGGACCUUCACUCUGGAACUUUUGGAGGCAUCAUUCAUGAGCCGCUGACGGACUUGAUAGCUCUGCUUGACAGCCUUGUGGAUCCCACAGGUCAUAUUCAGAUCCCUGGAAUCUAUGACAGUGUCGCUGCCCUGACGGAGGAGGAGAGGAAAUUGUAUGAAUCGAUUGAAUUUGAUCUAGAGGAACACAAAAAUAACAGUGGCGUGAAAAAAUUCCUCUAUGGCACCAAGGAAGAAAUACUUCUACACCUGUGGCGUUACCCUUCUCUAUCUAUUCAUGGGAUUGAAGGAGCUUUUCAUGAACCGGGAAUUAAAACUGUCAUUCCAGCGAAAGUCAUCGGCAAAUUCUCAAUCCGUCAGGUCCCCCACAUGGACCUGUCGGUUGUGAAACAACAGGUGGUGGAGCACUUGGAGGGUGUCUUUUCCAAGAGGAACAGUCCAAACAGACUGAAAGUGUCUGUGCCUUUGGGUGCGAAGCCCUGGCUCGCUGAUGUUAAUGAUCCACUAUAUGAAGCAGCAAGAAGGGCAAUAAAAACAGUUUUUGGAGAAGAUCCAGAUUUUAUUCGGGAUGGUUCAACAAUUCCUGUUGCCAGAAUGUUUCAGACUAUAACACAGAAAAGUGUGAUGAUGUUUCCGAUCGGAGCAGCCGACGAUGGGGAGCACUCCCAGAAGGAGAAAAUAAGCAGACACAACUACAUUGAAGGAACCAAAGUGUUCGCAGCCUUUUUCCUGGAGAUAUCAAAGCUACAUCAGCACUUACACGAAACUUCCAACACGGAGACUAACAACUGA